UCGCACGCUCCUCACUUAUCUUAUCUUCUUUCCUCUUCUUAGGAUUCUCCAUAUCAAAAAUCAUCGUCAUCAGCAGCAGAAAUCAAAUCAAAAACAUGGCUUCAAAAAAGGAGAUGGAAGUCGUAAAAGAUUUAGAUAUCAAGAGAUACAUGGGUAGAUGGUAUGAGAUAGCAUCAUUCCCAUCAAGAUUUCAACCUAAAAAUGGUGUAAACACAAGAGCUACAUAUACACUACAAGAAGAUGGUAAAACUGUGACUGUUCUAAAUGAGACAUGGAGUGAUGGUAAAAGAGGUUUUAUUCAAGGUACUGCUUAUGCAGCUGAUCCAUCUAGUAAUGAAGCUAAACUCAAAGUCAAGUUUUAUGUUCCUCCUUUCUUACCUAUUAUCCCUGUUGUUGGUGAUUACUGGGUUUUGUCCAUUGAUGCUGAUUAUCAAUAUGCUUUGAUUGGUCAGCCCAGCAGAAACUAUCUCUGGAUACUGUGCAGGAAUACCCAUAUGGAUGAAGAUAUAUACAAUGAGCUAGUGGAGAAGGCAAUAAAUGAAGGAUAUAAUGUGAAGAAAUUGCACAAAACUCCACAGACAGACCCUCCACCAGAAGAAGAAGGACCUAAAGAUACCACGGGUGUAUGGUGGAUCAAAUCUAUCUUUGGGAAAUGAAUGAUUACUUUAUGCUUGGGUUUAGUGUUUAUAGUGUGUGAGUGAAGAAGAUGAUAUGAAUAAAUUAGACAGAUAAACUCAAUACAGUGGUAUGUGCUGAUAGACUUUUAAUGUGUUAGGGGUUUAUGUUUCAUGUAUUCGCUUUUGUUGUGUGGUUUUUAAUGGAUAUGUUUUAAUUUGUAUUCUGCUAUGGUUGUUUACAUUGUUUUAUU